CCCAUUCGUAUUGAUCGAGGCUACUUACUACGGAGCUCGCCAUACCCACGCAUAAUCACCCCACACAUGGAAGAUUCUCAUCUCAUACACCAUAGAAGCAGGUCGUAAGAUACGGGUAAAAUACUGCAGCCAGCACCAGGAGUCCAGCCAAUGGAAAGACGUCCUAUUUCAAAUAGGCCGCCCCUCAUGUCGUUUUCCCAGCAAUUUUGGCGUCGUCUCCGGAUCUGCGUGCGUCCGGUGGAAACUAAGCUAUCCGGGAGCUAGCGAGCCGCCGCUGGGCGCCAUCCCAGGGGAACCAGUGAGAGCGCUGAGACAGCCCGUCACUGUGGAACCACCCCCUACAGGCGGGCUUCGGGGCAUUUUGUUUCCUAAAACCAUGGCGGCAUCCGAGCGCCCAAUGGGUUGAUGGAUGAACUAGCGAUUUCGCCCCUUGAGACGUGUUUGUGGGGUAAUCAAAUACCCUUCCGUCCCGAGAGCUGUCCUCUAGUUUUCCUCGGCUUCUUCUCCUUCGUCUUAUCCUUCCCUUCCACUACUGUAUAACCACGGCAUCACAUAGUCUCCCGCCAUGGCUUCGGUUGAGCCAGCUACCAGGAAGCGCGUUUUGCGCGUCAUCGCCUUCUCGCUGCUUCUCGACCUCAUUUCAUUCACGUUCAUCUUGCCGCUCUUCCCUAAACUGCUAGAGUUUUACCGAGAUCGCGAGGUUCCCGAGGUGCUCGCUGGCGGAUCUCCGACAUUGCUGCAAAGCGUCUUUACUGGCCUGAACAGCUAUAAGGAUGCCUUCAAGCGACCCAUUGAUUCGCGAUACGACAUCGUUCUGCUAGGAGGUGCUCUAGGAUCACUAUUUUCCCUCCUCCAAGCUAUCGCAUCGCCGCUGAUUGGCAAACUUUCCGAUCGAUACGGCCGCCGCAAUGCUCUUCUCGCCUCCAUGUGUGGUAACAUUCUUUCUGUUCUGCUAUGGGUCGCCGCUGUCGAUUUCCGAACUUUCAUUGCCAGCCGUGUAGUUGGCGGCCUCUCCGAGGGCAACAUUCAAUUGGCAACAGCUAUGGCAAGCGACAUCUCUGACGAAUCAACUCGUGGCUCUACCAUGGCCAUUAUUGGUGCUUGUUUCUCAAUUGCGUUUACCUUUGGUCCAGCACUUGGAGCCUGGCUGAGCACCAUUUCUACUGUGGCAGCAAACCCGUUUGCUACCGCCGCAGGAUUCAGCUUGUUCCUCAUUGUCACUGAAACAGUGUACCUCUACCUUUGCCUUCCCGAAACCCUUCCAGCCUUGACCGGCAAAGGUGGAAAGCAGAAUGGCAAGAAAUCGGACGAAAGCAAGCCAUCGGUCGAACGUACAAACUCACAUUUCCUGCUCAAUGCGGUCCACUUUGUCUUCCUGCUCUUCUUCUCCGGCAUGGAGAGCUCGCUUGCAUUCAUGAGCUACGACAUGUUCGCAUUUACCUCGGGAAACAACGGAAAGCUAUUGGGAUUCAUCGGACUGGUUGCCUCUAUUCUACAGGGUGGUGUAACUAGACGUCUUCCACCACUCCUCUCCGUGCGUCUCGGCGUUAUGGCUUGCCUGUUGGCCUUUGUCCUCCUCGCAAAGGUUAAGACUGUUGGCGGACUGUACGCAGCUGCUACAUGUCUUGCAGUGACAUCUGCCACGGUUGUAACCGGUCUCAAUGCGCUCAGCAGCUUCGAAGCCAGUGAAGGUGAACGAGGCGGCAAACUAGGCAUCCUCCGAAGCUGGGGCCAGCUUGGCCGUGGUCUGGGACCAAUUCUAUUCACCAGUGUUUACUGGUGGGCUGGCCGAGAGCAAGCAUACCUGAUGGGAGCUGCAGGAAUAUCAGUUGUCGUUUUGGCAACUCUGGUUGGUCUCAAGACUCCUGCGUCAGCCAUAUCUUCAGCUAAGGCGACUAAGAAGACUCAAUGAUGGGGGAAAAAUAGCUCUAGAAUCUCUAUAAUAAUGCUAAUUGUUCAUAAUUGUUGACUAUU